AUGUACACGGCUCGGUAUAAUGCACAUAGAUUCGGUUCAAUGUACAGAAGUUUGGUACAUAUGAGGGCGCUCCCACGAUAUGAAGCCUCUCUGAAUAUUGCUGUGGAGAUUGGUGACAAGGUGGGACAGAUACAUGCGUCGAUUGGAAUGGCGAAAAAUAUGGAAAUGACCAAGCAAUUUCGACUGGCAUUAGAAUACAUUCACAGAGCUCUGGAUCUGGCCGAAUGCAUCGGAAGUAAGUUCCUAGCUAUGAAGUGUCACUUGUACCUAGAGCAAAUUCACACCACACUGGGACAGUUAGAACAAGCAUGGGAGAAUAAUAAGCUAUACAAGCAGUGUGUGGAAGAUUUGGCGCUAAGCUGCGGUGUAUGCAAUGAGGUGAUUUCCGAGAAACCAGAGUCUUUGGAAUCACUGCAGUGUUCUCAUUUAUUUCACGCAAGUUGCUUAGAGGAAUACACAGCCGGAGAUUCAAGAGGUUGCCCAGACUGUCGAAGAUCUCUCGUCAAACCAGUGUUUGUUUGA